AUGAAUCCUAAUGCAUCUCGUCUAAAAUUUCAACCCGCUGUAACUCUCAAUAAACGAACUUUCGACUUAGAUUUAUUCGAAUUAGAGAAAAUAAAUUUCCUAAAUAAGAUGGAUAAAAUGCUCUCAUAAAUAAACAGUUCUCAAGAGAUUAGAACCCCAACUUUUAAUACCCAUACUGAAAUACAUGAUAAUAAAGCAAAAUUAGUUGACUUGAACUCAAAUUAAUAGAAAAAAGUAUUGUUCAUCAGCACAAAAAUCGCAAAAAAACUAAAUAAAAGUAAAACAAGUGAUGUCUAUGAAUAAUCAACUCUUCCAAAUACUCAAUUGACCACAUAUUAAUGA